AGUCAUCAUGUACAGCUUCGGACGGAAUAACUUCACCUGGAACGGGACUCUGAGAGAGAUGGAGGGCAGCUGCAAAGUUUACUGCACAGAGCGAGGUAGACCAAGAAUGAGCGCCCCUCUGAGCUCAUCCAGCGGCCUGGAGGUCCUCCUGUCCACGCUGCAGAGUGCAGGAGAUGUGGAGAGCACCUUAAACAUCCUCAACGUGCUGGAUGAACUCCUGUCAGCUGGUACAGACCAUCGUAUCCACUACAUGAUAAAAAAAGGAGGCAGUGAUGCCCUGCUGUCUGCUCUGGUCAACACGGGCCGCAGCUUCAGUCCAAACUACAAAGUCCUGCUGCCUCUGCUGCACCUGCUGGCUAAAGUUGGACACAGAGAUCGGCGUAUAGGUGUGAAGGCAGAAGAGGCCGGAGCUGUGCAGCUGACUCUGAAUCUGCUCAGGCAGAACAUCACACAUCCCAGGAGGGCUGCAGCCUGCCUCUGGGUCCUCCAGGUGUUCUCCUCAUCAGUUUCUUCAGCAAACCUGAUCAGUGAAAACCAGGGGCUUGAACUGAUCUACCGCCUGAUUCCUCAGUACACUACCAAACACCUGCACACCAUCAAGGCGGCCAUUACUGCCUUUGCUGCUCUGCUCUGCACAAAGGCUAACGUGUCCUUGGCAGUGUUGAAGGGUUACAUCUCUGGUCUCCUGCAGCUGUAUGAGAACUGGUUCAGUAAUGACACUCAUCACGAGGCCACAGUUAUCUGCAAUGCUCUGCUGCGCUGCCUCCAUAAGGUCACCCACAGUACUGCAGGCAGACAGGCUCUGUUCUCACAGGGAGGACUCCGCCUGCUGUAUCACACCACGCAGACGUGUUUGCUGAGUAAAGGUCGGGAGUGUUUGGUGGAGCCGUCAGUGCAGCUGAUGAGGAAGUGUCUCCCUAAAACUCCUCUGCCUUUGACCUCAGAUCAGUCUGCGUACACCUUCCCCCUGCCCAGGAGGUUACAUUAUGCACCUGCGAUAGACACAGCUCCAGAUGCGAGCAGUGAGGAGAGUGAGGAGGAGCAGGAUGAAGAUGACCAGGAAGCAGAGAGCAGAGAAUAUGAUGAUGACCUGGAGACGGACCUAAACAAACUUCGUCUCCGUCCAGACCCUGACCGACCCAAAGAAACGCUGACUCAGUACGGCAGACUGUGUCCUGAGUUGUUUCAUGACUUCCAGGAGCUGGACCUGAGCUCAGAGUCAGAGGACACUUCUUCUUCUUCAUCAUCAUCAUCAUCAUCAUCAUCAUCAGCAGCAGCAGCAGCAGCUUCAGCAUCAUCUUCAUCAGACGAAGAGGAUGCACUCGCUCCUCGCUCCUCAAGGAGGGACAGGAAGAAGAGCACCUGCAACAUGGACCUGUCCUUGUCAUCCCCAGGGUCUCACUCAGAGACAGACGUGUCCUCAGAGAGACAAACUCCAGCACCUCCUCGUUCAGAAGCUGCUGAUUUUAAUUGUUGCAGGAACUUUCUGAGCACCAGCCCAAGCUUCAGGAGUUUAGUGAGAGAGACCAGGGAGGAAGCUCCCUUAGGUCAGAGAGUGGGGGAUCAGGAUGCUAAAGAGGAGGGAACAGAAGACUCCCACCACCGUACAAUGAUCGACAGGUUAUUGGAGCAACACGGAGCUUGUAUCCCCCACCAUAACCCCAAACUGUACCGCAAUGUAGCUGCCAAAACCAGAUCCGUCCCUGGCUUCAACAUCCUGGCCUUCCCUGAUUUCUGGGGCCACCUCCCCCCUCCAGGACAUGAAGCUAUGGCCCCCCGCAGACCCAACGUCCAGAGACUUAAAGUGUUUGAAGACAUCAGACGUUUCCUGAAUACUGAUGACAUCAUCAACCAAGUGGUGUUUGACCUGGAGGACAGCAGUCUUCCCUGUCCGUCUGACUCUCUGAGGUUCUUCUCAAAGUUUGAAAGUGGGAACCUGAGGAAGGCUGUGCGUGUCCGCAGGUAUGAGUACGACUUGAUCCUGAACGCUGACGCUAACUGUGCUCAGCACACUCAGUGGUUCUACUUUGAGGUCAGUAACAUGGAGCCGGACAUCCCUUACAGAUUCAAUGUCAUCAACUGUGAGAAGAUCAACAGCCAGUUCAACUACGGGAUGCAGCCGGUGCUAUAUUCAGUAAGAGAGGCUCUGGAGGGUAGACCUCACUGGAUCAGGACUGGAUCUGAAGUUUGUUAUUUCAGAAAUCACUUCUGUUCAGCUCAAGGUCCGAAGACAUUGACUUUCUACACUCUGACCUUCAGCAUCACCUUCAAACACCGGGAAGACGUCUGCUACAUCGCCUACCACUACCCCUACACCUUCACUGCUCUCAAGGCUCACCUGAAGGAGCUGCAGAAGUCUGUGGAUCCGUCCACAGUGUUCUUCAGGCAGCAGGCUCUCUGUGGGACUUUAGCUGAAAACCCCUGCUCUCUGAUCACCAUCACAGCCUGUCCAACCAGCCGCAGCUGGAGAGACAUGCACCAGCUCCGUAAUCGUCCGUGCAUCGUGCUGACAGCUCGGGUCCAUCCAGGUGAGUCUAAUGCCAGCUGGGUGAUGAAGGGCACCCUGGAGUUUCUGUGCAGCAGUGACCCAGUGGCUCAGAGUCUGAGGGAGGCCUUCAUCUUUAAAAUCAUCCCCAUGCUCAACCCUGACGGAGUGAUCAAUGGCAUGAGCCGCUGUGACCUGAACGGUGAAGAUCUGAACCGUCAGUGGUGUACACCUGAUGCCUCCUUCAGUCCCACCAUCUACCACACCAAAGGCUUCCUCUACUACCUCAACAGCAUUGGACGAACCCCCCUGGUGUUCUGUGAUUAUCACGGACACUCCAGGAAGAAGAACGUGUUUCUGUACGGCUGCAGCAUGAAGGAGACGCUGUGGCAGUCUGGCUCUGCUGUGGACACCGUGGGGCUAAAGGAGGACCCUGGAUACAGAACCAUUCCAAAGACUUUGGAUCGAAUCGCUCCAGCCUUCUCUUUCAACAGCUGCAACUACCUGGUGGAGAAGUCUCGCUCAUCCACAGCACGGGUGGUGGUGUGGAGGGAGAUGGGUGUUCUGAGGAGUUACACCAUGGAGAGCACUUACAAUGGCUGUGACCAGGGGAUAUACAAGGGUCUACAGACAGGAACCAGGGAGCUGCAGGAGAUGGGGGUUAAGUUCUGUCAGAGUCUGCUGUACGUGGUUAAAGACUCUCGAGCUCUUUACAACAGAACUCUUAUCCACCACAUCGACCUGGACCACAACCUCAUGGACCACAAGUCACACAACUGCUUCGAGGACGAUGAGCCUCCAUGUGUGGAGGAGAUCGAGUACUCCGCAGACUGUGUUCCUCUAAGCGGCACUGAUCUAGACUCUGAUGUCAACAGCAACAUAGCCAACACUGAGGAGGUAGAGGAAGAGGAAGAGGAGGAUGAAGAAGCACUCAGGGGAACAAAACACAGAGGCAACACUGGACAGUCACAGCUAUCCAACAUGAAGAGCUGCUUGUUCCCCCAUCGGACCCGACGGACGUCCAUCGAGACGCUCAGCGAGAGGAGAAACUCCUGUAACGGUGUGAGCAUCGCCAACGGACAGAUCAUCAGCUAAAGGAACAUUUCCACAUUUUCCAGAGAUCAGUUCUCAAGUUUUUCAACGCAAGUCAUUUCAAACCAAACUCCAUUCAAAAAACAAACAAAACAAGAUGUUUUCUUCCUGUCCUGACAAAUCCUGAAUUCAGACUUCUUAAAAAUCAGUAUCCUGGUGUAGAUAUUACAGCAUCCUGUCAGCCUGUUAGCCAUCAUAAAAUCACUACUGGUCCCGAUCCGAGCUAACAGGUCAUCAAACUGGACUCUGGUCACCCUUAAGUAGCUGGAAACAGCAGGAGUGUUCAUCCAGACAUAGUUCAUCCAGACACAGUUCAUGGAGGAGGAGGAGGGACAUUAACCCAGCUGAGAGAGUCUAGGUGAUGAUGUGAACACUGACAGGAUGGAGGUUGGUUAUCUGAUGGAUCUGUCAGAGUUGGUGUUAAACAGUUUAUCUUGUGUAAAUGUGUUUCCGUACCUGGAGAAGAAAACUUGCUUCUCUUUCAGUCUGUGCACAAUCCAAACUGUCCUAUCUGAAACAAAGCAGGUUUUUAUGAAAUACAUUCAGAUUGAUCAAAAGGAAAACACCACACAUCAAGUCAAAUUAGCUCAACUGAAGGUCCACUAGCUUCCUGCAAAUGUAUAAGUCUCCAUCACUUUGCAGAGUCUGCUCAGUCAUCAGCUGACUGCCUCAAUUGUACACCUGUCUCAUGAUUACAGGUGUAAAGAUGGUGUUAAACUCAUUAAAUGUGAGGGGAGCUAACAAUGCUAACGUACCUUUUUAAAACUUGUUAUCAAUUCUGCAAUAUGAAAAUAAUCCUCAUAAUGAUCUACUGUAUUAUCAGCUGGUCACAUGGUCAUGUAGAAUUUAUGGUGAGGAGAGUCUUAAUGGUGAGGACUGGUCAUACUAACACACAUUUUGCUUUUAUACAGUACGUGCAAUGUUUCUGGAAGUGUGACAGUUUUAAAAUGACUGCAGUCUGUGUUGUGUUUGUUUUAGAACAAAACAGCUGAGAGCAGCUGACACUGUACUUUAAUAGAAUAUAGAGUGCUCUCACACCUGGAGAAGUUGUUCUAAAACAGGGGACGAAACCUCCAUCAUAGCAGUCCAAAACAAAUAAGCAGAGAUCACAGAGAUGAGGAAAUCUCAGCUCAACUCCAAUAGAACCCUGGAGUGGUCUUUCUUUGCAGAGAGAACACCAUCAACCUAACAACCUGAACAAACAGCUGCUGGACUCACCCCACUGUAGCAGGUGAGGUAGUUAGCACUAAAAUAGCAGCAGGCUAACGUUACUCACUGUCUCCAUCCAAACCAACAUCUGCUGCAGUGCUUGAGGUAGGUGUAGCAACAUCAACAGCUGGUUCAAUUCAGAGAGUUUAGUCCAGCUGUCCAUGAGGCAUCAUCCUCCUCGCUGCUCCAAGUCAACCCACCAAUCAAUCUGUUGGCAGUCUAAUUGGCUAACGUUAGUUAGCAUCUUGGAUUGACGUGGGGACAGCCCUGUGAUGGUUAAUGUUGAGCGAUCACAAUAAGACCCGGGACAUAAAUACAACCAUGGAUCAUUGAAUCACCUUAAUCAGAUCAAAGAGAACAGCUUCAGGUGAGAGAGCAGUCUGAAACAUACAUAUCAACUACCUAUUUAACCACUAACACUUGAAGUUCUCUCUCAUGUCAGAGUAGAAUUAGACAGGGGGUUUUAUUUCAGUCUGUACGCACAAGUUUUGGAUGAUUUAGUCUUAUAUCACAUUGAUUGAUCCGUGGUGAAUGUUGCUGCUGAGUCAAACUUUAAAUAUUCGUUGAUACAUGUGUUAAAGAAUCUACAGCCAGCUCAAACCUGUCUUUUUUAAACUGUGUGAAAAAAUG